CAUAUAGGCUGCUGUUUUUUCCACCGGGAUCGGACGAUGGGCUGAACACACUGACAGUAUAUGGCUGAACCCCGCCGGUCCCCGCUUUGAGACUCUGUCCCCGGGGCCCGAGCUCACCUGCAGCCGCCUCCAGCUCCUCCGCUCGGACAUGGAGAAAGUUGUGGUUGUAACCGGAGCGAACAGCGGCAUUGGCCUGGCCCUGUGUGAAAGGCUGCUGACGGAGGAGAGCCAGCUUCGGCUUUGUCUGGCGUGCAGAAACCUGCAGCGGGCCGAGGCUGCCCGCGCCUCUCUCCUGACCUCUCACGCCGACGCCAACGUAGACCUGCUGCACCUCGAUGUGGGCUCUGUGCAGUCCGUGCUCGCUGCUGCUCAGGAGGUCAAGGCCAGGUACGGCAGAAUUGACUUUCUGUAUCUGAAUGCAGGAAUUAUGCCCAAUCCACAAGUGAAUGUCAAAGCCUUUUUCAAGGGUCUGUUCUCCUGGAAUGUCAUCAACAUGUUUGCGACAGCAGAGGGUCUCUUAACUCAACAGGACCUCGUCAACUCAGAUGGUCUGCAGGAAGUUUUUGCCACCAACCUCUUCGGUCACUUUCUCCUGAUCAGGGAGCUGGAGCCUCUGCUGUGUAAGACAGACCAUGUGUCCAGGGUCGUGUGGACCUCCUCGAGUAACGCCCGCCGCUCUGCCUUCAGCAUGGAGGACAUGGAGCACAGAAAUGGGACGGAGCCCUACAGCUCUUCAAAGUACGCAUCAGACCUGCUCAGCCUGGCGCUGAACAGGCACAAGAACAGCCAGGGGCUGUUCUCCUCUGUAAUAUGUCCAGGACUGGUGAUGACUAAUCUGACAUACGGCAUUCUCCCCUCCGGCUUCUGGACUCUCAUCAUGCCCAUUAUGUGGCUGAUUAGGAUCUUCACCAACACGUUCACACUUACACCAUACAAUGGAGCGGAGGCACUGCACUGGUUGUUUCUUCAAAAGCCAGAGUCUCUGGAUCCAAGAGCAAAGUAUCACAGUUUAACAUCAGGACUUGGAACCAACUACACUCAGCCUCGACAGAUGGACAUUGAUGAAGGAACGUCUGAAGUCCUCUAUUCAAAACUUCUUGAACUUGAGAAAGUAGUAAGAAGGACACUGAGUGAGAGAAAUGCUGACAAAGAAUCUGAUGGACAGUGAGACAGAGUAGAUGUGAUUCUUUUGUGAUGUUUUUUGCUCUUUGGAAAUGAACUAUGUACAAUUUGUGAAGAAGAACAAUAACAGUGCUCUUAUUCUUUUUAUUCUU